AGUAUCACAGCAACUGUCGCCGCGGACGCACGAAUAACGGGAAACGAAUAAACUGCGCAAAAUUUAUAACGAAAACAAACAAAUUGUAUUUGAAAAAACAAUAAAUAUUUUAAAAAAUUGUUAUUAAACUUAACAUAUAAAUUAAAACUAUAAAAUUAUUUAAAAAAUUGCUUUAAAAUAUUAAGUUAAAACCACAAAAAAUCUGCUCAAAGAGUGGGUGUAAUUGAAGAAAAAAAACAAGCUGUUUUUACGGCAAAUUUAAGUGAAAAAAUAAUUACUAAACUUUUAAAAACUUGGCAAUCCUGAAAUACUACAAAUUCGCCUUGAACACACACACAAACAUUUGUAUCCUUCGUUUAACGGGAUAACAAGUAAUUGCUACUAAACUCAACAGCCAGAAGAGAGAUACAACACAAUGAUUGUCAAAAAAGUAUGGUGAAUUACACAAUGUCUUAUCAUUUGCUGGCUCGCUCUUUUUGCACUCUCUCUCGCUCUCGUUCUUGCUCUCAACAACCAUCACUGCAAUGUCGUCUAUUACAGUUUGAGUGAAAUGUAAGCAAAACGCACGUAUACGCGAAGGAAAGAACAUCGUGCACGGUUAAACGCGAGUGUAGUUUUGGAAGGAAAAUAAAAAAAGGAAACACAAAUUCAAAUAAAAAAUAUUGCAAAAGAAAAUAUUAAUCAAAAGUGGAAAAAUAAUAGAAUAAAAAAAAUCGAUAAAAUGCAAUUAAAUUAUCAUACAAUAUAUAAAGUAAAUAAUAUUUAUAUAUAAAUUAAAUGAUUGAAAAUUACAAAUAGAAAAAAUAUUAAACGAAAUAGUGCGUGUAAAAGAGUUUUGUGUGUCUGUGUGUGAAUUUUUUUAAAUAGUUGUAAAUGUGUGUAUGUAGAUAAUGGUAUGUAUGCCUGUAUGACGGUCGGUCGGUUGUUUGCUCGAGCUACGAGCUUAACAAUAAUGUAUGUUGGUUGUAUAAGUACAUAUUUUUGGGUGUGAAAACGAAAGUGAAAAUCUAGCACAGCAGCUACGAGGACCAAAAACAACGAGGACGAAAAAGUAAAGAAGACAAACAGGCAGGCAACUACUGCUGUUAGUUAGGCAGGCAGGGUGAAGGGAAUACUUACUAAUAGUAUUUAAACGUUAUAGUUAUACCCUGAACUGAUCUUUUUUUGUGUAGCAUUCUUCAUACCCAUAACAAAAUCUUCAACAUCAUCAUCAUCACCAACAUCAUUUUGUUUUUCAUCAUCAUCCUCCUUCAUCAUCAUCAUCAAAAAUCUCAUACUCAUCUCUAGGGUGGAUUAAAUGUUACAUAAAAACAAGGUGUAAAUAAAGUGUAUAAGACUGAGUGUGUCGUCUCUAUGUGUAGUAAUAACAACAACAAGAACAGCAACAUUUAAAAGAAAUUAAAACAAAUACAACAACAAAAAGUGCAUUUUUUUGUAACGAAAACAAAAGUGAAAUAUUAAACAAAUAAAAAAUAAUUAUAUACUACAACAAAAGCUGUAAAGUAAAACGCAAAUAAUUUUAUAAAAAUAAAACAAAAACAUUUUGUCAGUCAAUUAAUAUUUAAUAAACACAAAAAAGUGUGUAUACAACAACAACAAAUUAAAGAUAAAAUAAAACUGAGAGAUACAAAGACACACAUGAAAAGGGAAAAUAGAAGAGAAUAUAAAAAAAAUAUAUAAAAAUAAAAUCAAUUCUUAAAGGACAUGACUGACUGGCUGGCAGGCUGGUAGCCUGGCUUUGUAUGAGUGUAUGUUAAGCUCUUUAGAAGUUCAUGUGUAUGUAUGUGUAUGCAUGUGUAUGUGACGUCAAAAGUCGUAAUCAUUGUUGUUAUACAUAGAGGAGAUAUUAUUAAAGUUUUAUAUUGUUGAUGUUGAGAUUGUCUUUGCUGCUGCUGCUGUUUCUUCAAAUGUUUCUUCACACCACCAACAACGACGCCAACAGCAGCAACACCACCACCUCCUACAACGUUGUGGCGUUUGUCAAACGCUCCCACAUAAUCUAAGCUUCUUCUAUAUUUACAGUUACAACUCUCCCUAUAAACAACAUAAAAAGAGUUUCGAAACAAAUAAAAGAUAAACGAGCGAAAAAAAGGAAUAAAAAAGGAAAAUGACAAGAACAUAAAACUAAAGAAAACUUAAAACAAAAAUAAAACAAGUGAGAGCAAGUGUGCGUGUAUUAGAGUUUUUUUUCUGGUGAGUGAGUUUUAUUUUAAAUAGAAAUACAAAAACUCACACACAUACAACAACAACUACAAGUACUUUAGCCAAGUACUUCUUGAAACAGCAACCAACCAACCCCCCCCCCAAACAGGAAUCAUACUUAACCUCUUUGUUCACCUUGUUCCAAGCCAAAUAGCAACAACAACAACAUCAACUAGACACAAAAAUUAAAAAAAGCUAAAAAGUAAAAGAAACACACAAAAAAAGUGUAAUAAUAAAAAAAUAAUAAAAAUAAUAGCGUAAAAAAUAUAAAAGAAAAUAUCAUAAUGGAGCAGCCCAGCAUACUUGUUAGAAUUUUACACUCGAUACCGCAUGUGAACUACACAUUUCAACGGGUUAAUGACACCUUCAAUCCGGACAGCGAUGUUUAUCUAGAGAGUCUGGGCAUUUUGGCUUCAAUUCCCGCCGGUUUAUUAAUAUUAUCACUGUUUGGCUUACUAUUAUAUCUGCUCACACGCUGCUGUGACCGUAAGCAACGAAAACCCAGCGCACAAAGAUGUCAAAGUUGUUCUUUGGUGAUUAUUACAUUGAUGACAUGUGCUGCCAUAGGUUUGGGUCUCUAUGGCAACGAUGAUUUCCAUAAUGGUUUAUUACAAGCAUUCAGUUCCGGCAAACAAGUGGAAGGACUUGUAUUGAGCUUAAAACGACAGACUGAAGCCAUAAAACAUGAUCUCGAAACUAAAAUGAACCAACAUAGACUCGAAGCACAAAUAGAAAAAGUACAAUAUAAUCAAACUGCUGUAAUGUUGUUAAUUGAAACGUGUGGUCUAGUGCGCGAAAAUACCUCACGUGCUGUUACCAGUCUCGAUAACAUGGUGCUAUAUUUUAUGAAAACCAAAGGCAGUGAAAAUGAUACCUCCCUAAUGGGUUUAUUACAUUUGGGUGAACUUUAUGAAUCGAUACGAUGGCCUGCAACUUUAGGUUUCCUUACGCUUUUACUACUGCUGUGUACCGUUUUGGUAAUAGGCGUGGCACGUCGUUCUCGCUGUGCCUUGAUAUUCUUUAGUGUAGCUGGUCUAUUUUGUAUAAUUAUUUGCUGGUUAUUGGCGGGCGUUUAUCUGGCAUCGGCUGUAGCCGCUGGUGACUUUUGUAUGCGUCCACAUGAGUACAUGUGUCGUCAGGUGGGAAUGCGGAGUCCUUAUGUUUACUUCCUUAACUGUGGCACCUUACGCAAUCGCUUCAUUUUACGCCUGAAUGAAUCACGUGAUCUGGUGGAACGUGCUCGUGAAUCAGUUUAUUUAAUACAAAGAAUGAGCCAAGAAACUUAUCCACGUAUAGAUGUACACAAAACAUUAGAGUCCAUGGAUAAUGAUUUAGAGGAAACGAAACGUAAUCUCACCGUAUUAUCAGCAACUUUAGAUAGACGUGCCAUAGAUCGCCACUAUUCAGAGGCUUUAAGAGGUCUUUGUGGUGGCGGUCUUUUGGGUUUAAGUCUGAUGAUGGUAGCCGGCCUGUUGACAUCUUUUCUCUUUACCAUACUCGUCUAUGCCGAUUCACAUGCCUGGAUCUAUUUAAGCAAACGAAGACCCUCUGUGGAUGCCGAUAAAUCCGAAACAGCACCUUUAUUCCCCUCUAAUGCACCCAGUGCAAAUAUAUCACCCACAGCACCAGUCCAUCAUACGGGCACUAUAAAUCGUACCCUUUUACAUCAUCAGCAGACCCAUGGCGUGGCCGUAGGCCAUAGUGGCACCUUGGGUGGCACACGCAGCAAUGGUGCCGCCAAUGGAUUGAGAACAGGGUUGGCAUCAUACAACAAUCAUCAUAAAACUAACACACUACAUAGUGGUGGUGGUGCGGCUGGUAGUGGCAAAUUAUCACCCUCACCACCGCCAGGUUAUGAUGUUGUGGUGCAUGGCACAAGAUCCUCGGGCCAUCAUACCUUAGGGCGACUGCCUUCGCAUCAGCAACCCAGCUAUAUGCCUGGUCCUAAUAACGGCAAAUAUGCCACACUUAGCAAACAAUGUAAGACUUUGGAAGCCAACGAUUUUUACUGAGAUUCGCUUGCCUGCAGCUCUAAUGCAGGCAAUAGCAGUAUACGACUUAAUAGCAUUACCGCCUCCAAUGGUAUUGGAAGAAAUUCAAUUAAAAGUAUGUUUGCCUCAGCCACUCUACCGCGUUCAGCUGGUUCUUCGCUACGUUCUGUAUUAUCCGCCCAAACUUCGAAUACGGUUUGCAGAUCAACUGGCAAUGGCCUGGAUCUGGAUGAUGAUAAAGAUCCACGUGAUGUUACCAACAAUAGCUUUAAUCGUUUCGAUCCCAAAUAUAUUAGCAUAGGUCCGAAAGCGGUAAGGGGCAAUAAUAAUCUGAGCGUGCUAGCUGCUGCUACGGCCAAUAAGUGUGCUACUUUAGGGCGACCACAUGGUGGUCGCUAUGGAGGAUCCUUGAAGGGUACUAGUCCUUCUCCUAAUUUGCGUAGUGCCAAGACUCCUUCAAUUUCAACCGUAUCCAAAGACUAUUGUCCUCAGCCGGAUUGCAUACCUCAAUCAUACGUGGCUAAUACUACUGAAAUGCUAGUGCCUCAGGCAACUCAGCCACCGCCUCCACCUCUGCCGCCGCCAAAGCCCAAGAAUACUUUUACCGAAAUACCGGGCACUACGGGUGUAGGCAGUUCAUAUGCCAAAGAACAAUUACAAAUGCAAUUACAAAUUCAGCAGCAGCAGCAACAACAGCAGCCUCAGCAAUAUCAAUUACAAGAGAUACAACCAGUAACAGUAACACCUACAGUUCAGCGACCAUUGCCAGUUCAGCAUCAUCCACCGACAACACACAUUCUGCCACCUUCUGCGGUCUACAGUAUCGAGAGUUCCAGUUAUCAACAACAACAACAACAGCAGCAACAACAAUUACAGCAACAAAUACAACAGCAGCAGAAUGAACCUCCUCCUCCUUUACCACCACCACAAACCAUACCCUCCGUUGCAUCACGACCUCUACCUCCACAACCAGUAGCCGCCCCUGCGCCACCUCCACAACUACCCCGCUCUCUAAAUCCAAAUUCAAUCGUUAAUCAACCUUUACCCGAAAUACCUACACACCAAAAUCAGCCACAACCAGCUCCUCCGCCCGUCCAGCAAUCCAAAAUAUCACCCCAGCCCCUGUGUGCAGCCAACCUAAACCAGUAUCGUUCGCUCCAAAGACCACAACAGCAGAAACUGCAACUACCAGCACAAACUCAAACCACUUCACAGCAGCAACUGAAUCAAUUGAACCAAACUCAGCCUCAAAUCCAAUUGCAACCACCUAGUCUACCACCUAAAAAUCGUCACAAAUCUCGUGAGCACAACUCGAAUAUCCAACAAAUGCAGACUCUACCUCCCAAAUCGAAUAGUUUACGCCACCAACAGGUGGCCACGAGCAAUUACGAACAGGAAAGAGAUCGUGAACGUGAUAGAGAAAGACAGAGAGAACGCGACCGGGAUCGCGAUCGAGAGAAACAUGAACGUUCACGACGUUCCGAGACCUUGGAUAAUGCACGUUCCAGGCAAUCUCACCUCUCUACCGGCAACUCCUCAACAUCAACGAAACAUCAACAAAGGUCUGCCACAUUUGAUGUGGCCGAUGCUCGUGAUUAUGAGCUAAAACGUUUGGGCAAUCGAAGAUCCCAAUCGCAAAAUGCCACCAAUCUAAAGCAAGCACGCAAUGGCGGCUUAGUGGUCAGCAGCGCUGAUCACCAUCGUGGAGAGCGUACGCAUGAUCGUGAGCGCAGUCGCAGUGAUCAUCGCAUAUCCAGCUAUGCAUGCGAUGAUACCUCCUUAGCCAUGAGUCAUGCCUUCAGUGGGAAUGUGGGCAAUGGUGGCAUAACGCAUCAUCACAACCAUCACCAGCAACAACAGAUGCAACAACAACAACAUCGGCAACAGCAACGCCGUGAAAAAACAUUUAAAGUAUGAUUUUUAGAGACGUCAUAAAAAUUUAGCCCCACUACCGAGGGGUCACCCACACCCAAACGGGUGCAAACCAUCUAUGUGGCAACGUGGUAAAAACACCCUACUAACAGCUGGCAAUUUUGAAUGACAUUCAUUCAUAAUGCGAUCGAUCGAAUUUGCCCAGAGUAUGGCGGUGGUGACUGGUAAAAGGUAACCAAAGUGGUGGCGGCAAAAGGAGCGGAUUUGUAAUAAUAAUGAUAAUUUUAAGGAGACCAGCUGUGGAUUUGUUGCUUUAUUUAAUUGUAACUAAUUAUGUUGGCAUAAUUGGCACCGUUAGUUCCGCCUAGUAGUUUUAAUGUUACUUAUACUAAAAAUUAAUUGAAAUUUGCUCUAAAGCUGUGAAACAAAAUAUUUGUAUUUGUAUUAUAGGGUAUGUUUUUUAUUACUUAUUAUUACUAAAUCAUUUUGAUCAAAAGCGUUUAGGUUUUAUUAUAUCAUUAUAGUAAGAAAACAAAUCAGUUGUAGUGGCAACAGUGGAGUUUAAAUUGUGACUCUCAUCACACACUUUCACUUCACUUCAAAACUAAAACGAAAACAAAAACUUACUCACUGCUCAAUUGUUUCAUUACAACACCAAAGCACUCUCCAAACUACAGACAAGAGAUACAAAAGAAACCAUAAAUUAUAACCCAAAAAAUGUAAUAAUAAAGAGAAAAUUAACGCCUGAAAGAACUAUGGGAUAAACCAAAGUUUUUUCCCCUCUACUUUCUAUAAUUUAACAAAUUUUUUUAACAAACCAAGAGACAAAUAUUCUGUUGCAUUCAAAAUACUUGAACAAUGAUUUCUUCUCAACCAAACUUACUCUCUAAUGCUCUCUAGAAAUACCUUGGAUUUGAUAAUUGUAUUAAGUCCGUUAUUGCAAAUUGCUUAAUCUCAAAACAAAAAAGAAAUAAUUUUUGUUAUUACUUUUUUUUUAUAAAAAAAUAAGUUGUAUUCCUUUUUUAAACUUUAUUUAUUAGUUUUUUAUAUUAUUAUAAGAAGAAAAAAUUAGCAAAAAUCAAAAACGAAAAGGAAAUUCAAAGCGUUUAAAUUAACAAGUAAUUAUUAUUAUGAAUACCGUUGCGAAAUGUCAAAAUAAAACAAAAUUUUUGUGACGUCUAUAAACCAACAAACAAAACAAACAACAUCAAAAGUUAUAUUUAAUAUUUAAUCAAUCAAAAUACAAUUACAAAUACAACAUACAUUUAAACAAAUACGUAUUAUAAACAAUUUACAAAAUAACAUUAACAUUAACUCGUAACAUAUACUACUAAAUACUACAUACAUACAUAUUUAUUAUACAAAAAAAAAACAUUUGCUUACAAACAUACAUUCAUAUUUAUAAACAAAAAAUCCUUAAAGAAACAUCCUUUUCAUAGACACUCUCUCAUACACAGAAACAUAGAAAACAUACUAAAACACUUUAAGACAUGCAAAAACAUGUUUAGGAGACACAUUUUUAAAAAUAAAAUACAAUUUUGUACGUAUUACCACAAGAAAAACACAAGUAAAAAUUAAAAAAAGAAAAAAGUCUAAGCAAUAAUUCAGGUCUUUUUAACAAAAAAUGCAUUUAUUAUAUUUAAAAACUACAACAACAAUUGAAACCUUUUUCGAAAAAAAGGAUUCAUCAAAAUUUAAAACAAGGUCUGAGUCUUACUUUAAGGAAUAUAAUGCAAAACCUUUGAAUUGAAGUAAAUGUUGUUGUGGUUUUUACAAAAUCUUAAAUUUCAUGACCGGUCUGAAACUUUAAAUAAAAUAAAUAUAAAUAUUAAUUUUAUACUUUUUUUAUUUAACCGGUUUUUGUAAAUAAUUUAUAGUCCUUUUUUUGUAUUAUUUCAAAAACUUUAUUUUAAAGGAAAAAGCACAAACGUUUAUACAAAAAAAUACUCUUUCUUGUAACCUUUAACCCUUUCCUAACUCUCUCUAUCUCACACUCUAAAUCUAAAAAAAACGUAUUUUAAACUCUUGUACUCUCUUGAUCCUUAAAACAAAUUUAUAUAAAAUAUAUAAAAAACCAAACAUACAUACAUUAACAUUAUUACUCUCUAACUCUAACUCUUUCUCUCGAAAUCUCAUUCUACACUUGAAGAUAAAAGUCACAAUUAUGUAGUUUAUUAGAUAAUAAUCCACUGCGUUAACAUUUUAUAUAAAAAAACAUAGUUUAAAUUUAAUAUUUAUAUACAUUAUAGUAUAAACUACGUAUAUAAAUAUUUACAUACAUAAAUAUGUGUAAAAUAACUAAUAAAAAAACAUAAAAACAUUGUAAUAAAUAUUUGUUAGUAAUAUUUUUCUGCUGUGCAGAUGCAAAUAAUUAUGUAAACGUAGACAAAAAAAAAAAAAACAAAAUUAAUAGAGUAUUAAUUAACAAUUUUCAAGAUUUGAGUAAAAAACACAAAAUACCUACUAAUGGUCGGUUUAACAAGAGAUGAGACAAAAGAAUUGGAAAUAAAAUUUGGUUUAUAACUAAAACUAUAAACAAUUAUAACAAAUUGUUUGCAAUUUUCAUUAAAAAUCAGAGUACAAUUAAAAUAUUUCUUAGAAUUUAAACAAAAAGUGAUAAAAUUGUUCAAAACGCAAUUUUUAACUAAUUUUUAAACUUUUAUCGUUAUUUUUAAAUCAGAUUUUUUGUUAAUUUUCUUGUUAGACAGACUGUUGAGAAUAUCUAAAUAACAAAAUGCAAAUUCAUAUUUAAUUUUUUUUUAUAAAUAAACUAUAAAUUUUAAAAUAGAUUUGGUCUAUAAAAUUAAAAUACAACAUUUUUUAUAUAGUUUAAAAAAGGCAACGAAUAUUAAAUUUAAAAAGAAAAUCUUAAGCCAAAACAAUAAAUUUUAUUGGAAACCUAAACAUUCCAGCAAUCAAGUAAAAUAAUUAAUCAAACAAUAGCAUUUAUUUGAAACUAAUAAAGCUAAGUUUAAUCUAUUUAAAUUAAAAAUAUGUACAAUUCUUUAAUAAAACUAAAUAGAGUAAAUUUAGCUUUAAAACAAAACUUCACAAAUAAUUUUAUUUUGAUAUUUUUUCAUUCAUAUGAUUUGAAAAUUUCCUGCGUGUAUUCAUUUUUAUAUUGUAUUUAUUAUUAAAAACAAACAAAUUUCCUAUUUUUUGCUAAACUAUUAUUUUGUAUUAUAUAAUUUUUUAGAUAUUUAAAACAACUGUACAUAAUUAUUAUUAUAUAAAUUGUUUUUAUUUAAGAAAAAAAUACACAAAACUAACAAAAAAACAGAAAAAAAUAGUCACAAAUUGAGUUUUUCUUUUAGCAAAAAGUAAAACUCAAAUUGUUUAAAACAAGAAAACAUCAUAACAUAUAGACAAUGAUAACUGAACCUGAUAUCAAAAGGUUUUUCAUACAUCUAACAUGCAUACAACAUAAAAUACAUAAAAAUUUAGCCUUAAGUCGAAUUUAAGACCGAAAGAAGAAUUAUUUUUAAGACAACCCUCCUCAAAAUAAUAAAAUGAAAAGAAAUUUAAACAGAAAAUAACCAAAUAAUUAAAUAAAUUUAAUAAUUUAUUAUAUUAAAUUAAAUAAACAAAAACCACACAACUGAAAAAAAAAAAACAAAAUAGUAGAUAUAUUAGUUGUUAAAUUAAAUUUAAAAAAAA